AUGCUCCCCAAGGUAGGCAAGAAAGAUAAAACGUCACCGCGCUCAUGGCGGCCGAUAGCCCUGAUCUCCUGCAUUGGAAAGGGACUCGAACGAUACAUAGCCAGUCAAAUAUCCUGGACAGCUCUAAGACACAACGUGAUCAGCCCACAGCACUGCGGGGCACUCCCAAGGAGAUCAGGAACGGAUUUGACUGCUGCUUUCACUCACGAUGCAGAGCUUGCACUAGCAACUGGUAACGUAGUCUCGAUUGUCACGAUGGAUGUACAAGGAGCCUUUGACGCUCUUCUAAAGCGCCGACUCCUAGACCGAAUGAUCAAGCAAGGAUGGCCAAUCUCGCUGCUCAGGCUUAUAGACUCGUUCCUUACAAACAGAAAAGUCAGGGUGAGACUCGAAGGCACUACAACAAAGGAAUAUCCAGUAGCAUGCGGCACUCCCCAAGGGUCCCCAUUAUCACCUAUACUUUAUAUGCUAUAUCUUGCCGAGCUCCUCAACCGAGAUACAAAAUACCGCUUCGGCUAUGCGGACGACAUCGCGAUCUAUCAUUCCUCCAAACAUCUAUCUACGAAUGCCAGGAUCCUCCAACGACGUGUUCGGCAGAUCAUUCGAUGGGGCAAGGACAAUAAAAUCCUAUUCGCCCCAGAGAAAUUCGAGCUACUCCAUAUAACCAGGCGGCACGACACAACCAAUCCACCAUUAGUCCGGCUCGGCCUGAUCAUCCCAGAAACCCAACGGCCGAAACUACUCCGCCCACACGUCUCGCCAGGAUGCAGAACCGAUCCUACAGAAGGGCGAACCAAGGAAGAGGCAGCACAGGCCUUUAAGGAGUGGUGGCCAAAGCUCCCGCCCGAGGACUACUCGAUCUUCUCAGACGGAUCCGAGCAGACUAUAGAUCGCAAGCACCACGUUGGCUAUGGUUACGCGAUCUAUCGCAACGGCACUCAAAUAGCAACCGGAUACAAACAGAUCCACAGCGACUCACACGUGUUCGAUGCAGAAGCGAUAGGAGCAUGGCGCGGACUGGAGCACCUGAUCAGCACACUCGCAGGUCCCCCAAACGGUAGGAUCUGGAUGUGUAUCGACAGCACAUCAGUCAUCUGGGGUAUGCGAGGAGAUGCGCCGCCUACAUCGCAAUGGGCUUUCCACAAGUGCCACAAGGCAAUCAGACAACUCAAUAUCAGAGUAAAGUGGUCCCCUGGACAUAUGGAGAUCGAAGGCAAUGAGGAGGCGGAUCGCCUAGCGAAUGCAGGAGCAGUUGGACCCAUGGAUCAAGCGGCCGACAAGUUACCCACGAUCAGUGGUGUGCGAACGAUCUUUCGUAAAAAGUGCCUGCGAGCAGAGACUGACUGGUGGAAAGAG